AUGCAGAUACCACAUUCAAAAAGUGAAGCACGACCCUCAAGACUUCUAAUUAAAGAUUUAAUUCAUAGCAGAGGACCAUUUAUUAAUAAAAGAGUUGAGAUAUCUGCAACUCACUUAAAUCAAGGCAGCAGAAACAAUCCCAUUUACUAUGUUCGUUCACAGCAGUAUCGUAUAUUGUUUCAGGGGUUAUCUAGACGUUAUUUAGAUCUCGAUGAAAUCAAAUCAAGCAGGAUUGCCUGGAUGGGUUUUUGCUUUUAUAAAUGUCCGGCGAAUAUUGUCACAGAACAAAUGUUGAAUCUUGUUCUUGUGAAGAUAUGCGCCUCACAUGCACUUAUUGAUAUACCCAAUUGA